AUGCCAGACUCGUCGGAUCGAGGCACAAAGAAGUUCAGCGACGAUUGUAAGGAUGAUCGUGAAUGUGGUUUCGACGGCUCUUACUGUGACCCCAAGGUAAAGAAGUGCCUCUGCAGAGAUGAAUUUCGCGCGACCAAUCACAUUGAUAAAUGUGGACAUGCGGCGAAUAUAAACGAGUCGUGCUUCUUCACGGAGCAGUGUGAAGUGCAAACGGCCCAAACCGAAUGCCGGGACGGACGUUGCAUUUGCAUUUUCGAGAAGGUGCCCGUGCACAACAAGGACGGCUCCAUCCAAUGCAUUGCCGAGAUAAAGGAGCCACCGGAUCUCCGAUAUGUAGAUCCAGCGAUGAUUGGUAUUCUUGCCGGUAUGGCCUUGAUGUUCGUCAUCAUCUGCAUCGUUCUCAGGCUAUUUAGCAAGGCUCGCUGGAGGGAGAACCGGACGAUCUUCAACACGCCGAAUGCCCGGUUGAUGAACGUCUCGCUGCUGCGGGACAACAAGCUGCUCCAUGGCCAGGAACGUCGGGGCUCGCGGGCAAGCGUCAGGGGCCCCUCGAGGCAGCCCUCUAUGGCAUCUUUGAGGGCCCACUCGCCGAACGCCUCGCAAGACGAGAAAAUCCUUUUGAAUAACGACAAAGGAAAGCGCGGAUGCAUCGCUUUCGCUCCGGUACAAGAUACUCGAAUAACGGAGAAUUGCACGCCAUUGUCGCCAGGGUCGAGGACGGGUUCGCGUCGUGGUAGCCGCGGAAGCAGUGGAAAUGCCUCCGCUGUUUCCGGCAAGUCCAAUAAGUCGCCCCCGAAUCACCAAAACAACAUCGGCAGCGAUCCAGUACUGGAGAACGUCACCGUGGAGAUCCUCCAGGACAAAUAAGCUCCAAUGCGCUGUUGGAUUAUAAUAAUUUGGCGACGCGUCAGGAACGUCUAUUGAGUGCGUCAAUGGCGACUCGACCUCUUCUCUACGAGCAAAAACAACACAAAAAAUAAUAAUAAAAUUAAAAAAAAUAAAUGAUAUUAUCGCUUUGAAAACUGACGAUCAGACC